AUGAUUGGAAAAAAUUUAUUCAUUUUUUUGACAUUUUUGCUAGCAUCAUGCAAUGCCCAUAAAAGUGUUACGUAUCCAGGAAUCGGUACAUUUACCGAUGAGGAUUUUUAUGAUCCCAAAUGGCGACCAUAUGUAGCACUACCGGAAAGUCCAGAAAAAGUUGAUCCAAAUUAUGUUCUUUAUAAUCGAAAAAUUCAAUAUGAUCCACAAACAUUACACUUUAAUAAUACUGAAAUAUUGAGAUUAUCACAUUUUGAUCCUAAAUUGGAUACAAAAAUUCUUGUUCAUGGUUUCAUGGAUGGUCCUUUGGUGAAUUGUUGGAUGUAUCCAAUGAAAGAUAAACUAUUAUCUAUCCAUGAUGUGAAUGUUAUUCUAGUGGAUUGGUCCAAAACAAAUUUUUUCCCCUAUACUCAGGCAACGGCAAACUCACGUAUAGCUGGUGCAAUGACCGGAAUACUCAUACAGAAUCUUAUAAAUGAAUUUAAUGUAUCAACAUCAUCAUUUCAUUUGAUUGGUCAUUCAUUGGGUGCACAUGUUGUUGGUUAUGCAGGAAAAUGGCUAAAUGGAAAAUUGGCACAUAUAACUGGAUUAGAUCCAGCUGGACCUUAUUUUGAAGGUGUAAAAAAUCCUGCAGCACGUUUAUGGCAUACAGAUGCACAAUUUGUUGAAUCCAUUCAUACGGACGCUCAUCAUUUAUUACCGGAUUUAGGUUUUGGAAUGUAUGAAACAUGUUCACAUGUUGAUUUUUACCCGAAUGGGGGCGUUAGCCAGCCAGGAUGUGAUCAAAAACGAUUCACAUCCAUUAUUACCGAUGGACUUAUACAUGGUAUCACCAAUUUGGUAGCUUGUAAUCAUGAAAGAUCGGCAUUUUUUUAUUUGGAAGCAUUGGGUGAUGUUGAAUCAUAUCCGGUUGCUUAUGCUUGCAAAUCAUAUGAUGAUUAUCGAGAUGGCCGAUGCACUAGUUGUGGACACGAUGGUUCCAAAUGUGUUAUUCUUGGUCCAAAAACAUUAGAUUAUAAGAAAUUCAUAAAGGAUCCUUCAGUAUCACAGGGAAAACGAUUUUUCCUUUCAACUUCUCCAAAAGAAAAUUUCUUGCAAAUUGAUCAUUUUUGUUUUAUAGGAUUUCAAUAUAUCAUUCGAAUUACAUUGUCCGAUGAAUCACAUGGUAGUGAAUCGGUACAUGGAAAAAUUUCAUUAAAAUUUCUUGAUUGGGAAGAAGAAGGUGAAACAUUGACAUUCAAUAAUCAUGGUCAAACAUUUGAAAAUGGCCAUUCAUAUUCAAGUUUAAUAGUAUCGGAUAUGAAACCAUCGGAUUUGGAUCGAAUUCAAUUCAAAUGGUCACAUGGUUUCAAUAUAAUUCACCAUAGAAUGUACAUUGAAAGUCUUGAAGUGAUACCACUUUCCAGUACAAGUGCAACAUUAAAAACGCCACAUCAUUUAUCAUUUAAAACGGAUGAAUUCGGUAUACGUGAUGGACAAGAAGUGAUUUUCAAAAGAGAAUGA